AUGUUCAGCUCCUCCGCAUCUUCCAGCGGGUACGAGGCGUUCGGCUCGUUUCACACGCCGUCCACCUCCUCCUUAUUCGGCCAAGACGAUGCGGAAUCAGACCCUCCAGUGGUAUGGGAAUCCAAUGUAGCGUCGCAGCGCCUGCAGCUCCAGACCAAUUCGGUGGCCGACGCUUCAAACCGCUCGCUGUUUGCAUUGAACCUCCAAAAGUGGACAUACCUCAACCACGGUGCAUUUGGGGCUCCCACAAAGGUGGCAAUUGAGGCUGCAGCCCGUUGGAGGGCGCAGGCGGACGCGCAGCCGCUGAAUUUCAAUGAUCGAGAGCUGUUCCCACUGGUCGUGCGAGCCAUCAAAGCUUUCGCUGGCUUCGUUGGCGUCUCUAAGCCGGAAACCUUAGUCCUACUACCCAACGCAUCUGCCGGACUGCAUUCCGUACGGCGCUGUAAGGAAGAUGCUGCAAGCGAUUGA